UGCCAUCGGUCACAAAAACUUGAGCAUACCCAAUCAUUAUUUUCGUUCUUGUAUUAAUCAUAUCUUAGAGACAUUUUUUUUUUAGUUUUGUAGGGAAUGAAAUCAGAGAGCAAGUAAAUUUCGAAAAGCUACCUCAUGAUUUUGGAGGAUAUUAGCGCUAAGCUAUUUAAUGUAGGAUGUGGAGAAGUCAAAACCGGUGCAUUACUGACUGGAAUUUUGGUUUUGUCGAAAGUAAGCAAGGUUCGAGGAAAAACAAAGGCAAACACUAUCAAAGCUAAAAAGUAAAACCCCAAACGGAUACUCAACAUUUCCAUCUAAACCAACUAUUUUUCUUGUUUCUGAUCGCAAAGCCAUGGCCGAUGCACUUGUUUCAGCAGUUUUGCAGCAGCUAACAGCCGUUGUUUACCGAGACAUUGAGAAAGAGGUGACCCUUGUUGUGGAUGUAAGGAAAGAAGCCCAGAAGCUGACAACAACUCUCCAGACUCUCCAAGCAGUGUUGAUGGAUGCGGAGAAAAGGCAAGUUAAGGAGGCAGCUGUUAAACUCUGGUUGGAAAAGCUUAAAGCCACCUCAUAUGACAUGGAUGAUCUGAUUGAUGACUGGAACACCUUUGUUCUUAAAUUCCAAGUUUCAAACAACAAGGUUUGUUUUUGUAUGCCAUCCCCGUGCUUUUUUUUCCGCAAAAUUGUUCUUCAUCAUGAUUUCGCUGUCAACAUAAGGGAUCUGAAUAAAAGAUUCCAAGCGAUUGCCAUAGAAAAAGAUAUGUUCAGUUUUGAAUUAAAUAGGGACAGUGGAGAAUCUGAGCGGCCAGUUACUACCUCGUUUCUAGAUGUGUCCGAAAUUUAUGGUAGAGACCAAGAAAAGAAUGCUAUAAUUCGUACGUUGCUCUUCGAAAAUAGUCAACAACAAGGCCUUCCUAUCAUCUCUGUAGUUGGAAUGGGAGGGAUCGGGAAAACAACUCUUGCCCAAUUAGCCUACAAUGACCAGGAGGUGAAAGCAUUCUUUGAGAAAAGAAUAUGGGUGUGCGUCUCGGAUCCUUUUGAUGAGAUUAGAGUUGCCAAAGCCAUUCUUGAAGCUUUAACCGGAAAGGCCCCCAGUGUGGCUGAACUAGAGAGUUUGUUACAGAAGAUACAUCUAUCAAUCGAGAGGAAGAAGUUCCUUCUCAUUUUGGAUGAUGUGUGGACCGAAGAUCCCAUGAAGUGGGAAUCAUUGAAACACUCUCUCAAGUGCGGAACUCCGGGAAGCAAGGUCUUGAUCACCACACGUAAGGAGAAUGUUGCGAAAAUCAUGGGGAGCACGAUGCUGUUCCCGUUAGGGCAACUGUAUGAGGAGGAAUGUUGGUCGUUGUUCAGUCAGGUUGCAUUAUUCGGAAGACCUAGUGGGGACCGCAAAGGUUUGGAGGAAAUUGGAAAGAAGAUAGCAAAAAAAUGCAAGGGCUUGCCGCUUGCUGCAAAGGUUCUUGGGGGACUCUUACGCUUCAAAAAGUCCAAAGAACAGUGGCAGAGUGUGUUGGACAGCGAGCUAUGGGAACUUGAAGAAGUAGAGAAAGGUCUUUUCCCUCCCCUGUUAUUGAGCUACUAUGAUUUGCCUUCAACCUUGAGGCAGUGCUUUGCAUAUUGUGCCCUGUUUAUAAAAGAUUCAGUGAUAGAGAAAGAUAAGUUGAUCAAAUUGUGGAUGGCCCAAGGUUUCUUCAGGGGAAUGUUACAUAAAGAGAUGGAGCUCAUUGGUGAAGAAUGCUUUGAUGACUUAGCCAUGCGCUCCUUCUUUCAAGACUUCCAAAAAGAUGAAAACAACAACAGUGUCAUGAAAUGCAAAAUGCAUGAUAUAGUGCACGAUUUUGCACGGUUUUUGACCAAAAAUGAAUGUCUUAUGCUGGCAAUGGAAGUUGUAAAAGAGCCUUCAAGGAUAGACUCUUACAAUGGAAAUUUUCGUCAUCUGGUUAUGGUGCUUGAGAAGGAGAGUCCAUUUCCUUCUUACAUUUGUAACGUUGAAAAGCUUCGUAGCCUGUUAAUCAAGUCAUAUAACAAAAACAGUUUGAUCAGCGGAGCCUUGCCUAAGUUAUUUGAUCAAUUGAAAUGCCUAAGGAGUUUGGACUUGAGUUGGGGUUCGAUUAAAGAAAUACCAAAAGAGAUAGGGAAAUUGAUAAAUUUGAGAUACCUGAAGCUCAGCAAUAACCAUGAUCUGCUAGAAUUGCCAGAAACCUUGUGUGAUUUGUAUAAUCUACAGACUUUAGACCUAACGCGAUGUCGAAGUCUUCUAAAACUCCCUUCUGGGAUUGGAAAGCUUAUGAAUUUGAGGCACCUUGAUAAUUGGGAGACGUUCGGGUUGAGAUCCAUGCCUAAAGGAAUGCGAAGACUAACAGGCCUUCGGUCAUUAAAGGAGGUAGUGGUGAGCGAUGGUUCCAAUGGCAAUAAAACAUUUACCCUUGGAGAUUUGGCCAACUUGAGUUACCUUCGAGGGGAUUUAAAGAUACGAGGAUUGGGAAAUGCAGGAGAUGUGACUGAGGCUAGAAAAGCAAAACUGCAUAGCAAGAAAGACCUCUUCGGUUUGACUCUGAACUUUGAUUCCAGUACUGCGAGAAUGUGUGAUGAAGAUACGAUUCUUGAAGCCUUACAGCCACCUGGUAACAUGGAAAGGUUGGACAUAAGGUGCUUCAAUGGACCCAUCUUGUUCCCCAGUUGGCUGAACUCAUCAGCGUUGGCCCAGCUGAGGCAUGUUACACUCGGCAAUUGCAGAAACUGGACUCUUUUGCCUCCCUUAGGAGAACUGCCUUCCUUAGAAUCACUCCAAAUAUUAAACAUGAACGGAGUGAAGAAAGUGGGGGAGGAAUUUCUGGGAUUAAGAAAAGAAGAGGGGCAAACAUCAACUCCUCCAUCUUCAUCACCUAUGAUUGCCUUCCCAAAUUUGAAAUCUCUUCGCUUCUCAAACAUGGUAAAGUGGAAACACUGGAUUAAUUGUGAAAUCCCAUCUACAAGAGUUGCAGAAAUGGAUAACGCAAUCAUGCCACGGCUUCAGUCCUUGGACCUUCAGAGAUGCGGGAUGUUAAAGGCUUUGCCGCACUACCUUCUUGGAUUGACAAGCCUAAAGGAACUGAGCGUUGAUUGGUGCCCCGUUCUUGUAGAAUACUGCCAAAAAGAGUGGUCCAACAUCUCUCGCAUUCCGAACAUUAGACUCGAUGGUGUUUAUGUUCAAAGAAGUAGCCAUUGAACUUCUUCUCUGGAUUCAGGAUAUAAUAUUUUCCAACUAUUGAACUGAUGGCAACUCGUUAUUUGGAGCACUGAUGUUGAUGAACUUGAAUUAAGAAGGUUGUAUCCUAAGCAGCAUUAAUAAAAGUGUCAAUCCCAUUGCGGAUCCUCAUAGCCAAUGAUGCAUGAAGUGCAGCACCAUAAGGAAGAACAUCUUCAUUGAUCAUAAGGUAGGGAGAGUAGACUGUUACGAGCAGCGGUUUGGUCACAUCUUGCAUACCAGGCAUGAAGAAUGAUACGCUGGAAUUGCCUCUUGGUAAAAUGCAAAGUCCUCGGAUCCCAUCACUGGCUGCACCAAGCAUAUCCCCUGCCACUUCCCAGAAGUGAUUGUGCAAGUCCUUGUUGUUUACAGUUGGAGGGAAAUCGGUAGCCGGAUUCUCUUUUUAAUUGAAAUCAGCAGUUGCAUUGCACCUAUAUGCAGUGGCUCUAAGUAGUACUAUCUUCAAAACACAGGAAAUCUAGAAAAAGGUAACUUGUGAACCUCUUUCAAAACCUUUAUGGCAUGUUUGGUUCAGUGUAAUGGCUAUGCCAUUACAAGCCUAUUCCGUGGGCCCACACUAAACACUUGUUUGGUUCAAUGGAAUGCCCUAUUACGGGCUUAUUCCAUUACGCUCCUAUGCAAAGAAAUUGUAUUAUUUCUAUUCCGUUUCAUCAGCACCGAUUACUGAUUCGGUGUUUAAGGAAACGCUCAAUACAAAGACGCUCCCCACUUUGCCCUCUCCCCUUCUCCCACUUUCUCACUUGAAAAAAGCAGACGGACAAUCCUUCAUCGCAGGGUCAGCUUGCAAGCAAGGAAAAAAUGGAGAAAGAACGAGCAAGACUGGCAGUGCUGAUGAAUUGAAUAGAGGAUAUUUUGAUGAUAUGUCUGAGCUAAAACAGCACGGUGGUAAGGAAUUUGGUCAAAAUUUGUUGUGAAGUUGAAGUAAAAACCAAGCUAUGUACCCUUUUUUUUAUGUGUUCUUUUUGUAGACUUUGGACUAAAUUUUAAAUUUGAGUACUGUAUAAGUGAUUGUGUCUGAAUUUGUUUAUGUUUGAAUACUGAAAAACAUAUGAAUGUUUUAAACUCUGCUAUUUGAUUCUCGCAUGCUCUCUUUUAGUGCUUUAACAUGGUCUACUUAUUAUUUUAGGUUAAUGUUCAAAUCGAUAGUACCUUAGUAGGUUCAAAUGGAUUACGCUGUUUAUCUAUUUUUGAGUGUGGGUGCAUCAUUCAGAUUUUCUGUAUCAGCUUUAGAAAGAGUUUAGAGAUGUCCUUUAAUUCCUGAACAAGUGAGAUCUAUGGUCUGUAUGAAUUUCAAAGUUUUCAGGCUCCUGGUGCAUUACCUAAAUUUGAGAGCCCCUUUGACUAGACAGUUCUGGCUCAUAUGAUUCGAUUUAUAUUUUACUUCUGUAGAAUCUUGAUUCUAGUCAUAUUUUUUUGAAUGUCAGCAUGAUAAUGUGAUUGUAUUUCUGUUCUAGUAUGUUAACGUGUUUAAUUAUCUCAUCUUUCUGUUCUGUUCUAGCUGUUUCUUUUCACUCUCUAAUUUUUCCAUGCAUAUAUUAUAAAAUGGAUUUGUUAUUAAUACAGAAUGAUACAAGCUCUACUGGAUAGACUUGUUCCUUUGCUUCUUCAGCAACUAGUGCAAGAUUACAGCAACUGGGUUCAACUCCAAAAGCAGCUGAUAAAUUAGCUUCUUUGUUCAUAUCAGCUAGUAAACUAGCAAAUGCAAGGCCGAGUAACUCAAUAAAUUUGAUAUUUCAGUAAAGAAGGCAUUGUUGAGAUUCAGCAGAGAAGGCAUUGUUGAGAUUCGCAAACUCAAUAAAUUUUGACAUAUUUGGUUAGAAAGAGUUAGAAUCUUUAUCGCAAUAUGGGUUAAGUUUUGACAUCAUUUUAUUAUGAUUUUGGAUUGUCCCCAAUUGGUUUCUUUGGAAAUAGAGGAGAUAUUGCAACUUGACAAUAUUCCGAGUGUUGAAUAAAUAGAAAUAAAAUGUUUGUGCCUUUUCUUUUCGAUGCUUCAGUGAUCCUAAUACCAAUGGAUAAGUAGAAAAAUAAAAAUUUCAGACUAUUUAUAUAAUUUUAUUAUGUUGGUACCAAA